GGUCUGCUCUGAGUUUACAGCAGCUUCAAUGUCACGCUUGCCGUGGUUAAAGUAGUUGAUGUAUGAUAGCGAAAUAAUUUUAAAAGCGUAUUAAACAUGUAUAAAUUAAAUUGUAUAUUAGUUAGUUCUGUGGGUAACGCAUGCCGACAGCUCGCCGCCUCCCUAACUACAAAUGGUAGCUCUCUGUGUGGCAACAUUGGGUUGCAGCGCACAUUGUGUACCAGUGUCGCCAGACUUCAGGAGACCGCAGCAUCCACCACAGAAUCUGAGAAAACCUCCACAGGCUUCAGCCACUUUCCUCCACUGCCUGGCGAGGACAGUUCACUGAGAUGGAGUGGAAAGAAGUUUGAGGAGUUACCAAUCGCUCACAUUAAAGCCACAUUUAACAACACACAUAUCCAGCUGACAGAGAGCACAGGACAGUCGUUGGUCAGGACGUCCUGCGGAACAGAAGGCUUCAAGAAUAUCAAGAAGUCGACACCCAUCGCUGCUCAGAGUGCAGGCAUCUCUGCGGCUACGAAAGCCAAAGCGAAGGGAGUGACAUUCGUCCGUGUUGUGGUCAAAGGUCUUGGUCCUGGACGUCUGUCUGCCAUCAAAGGCCUGACGAUGGGAGGCCUGGAGGUGGUAUCGAUCACCGACAACACCCCCGUGCCGCACAAUGGAUGCCGCCCACGCAAAGCAAGAAGGACCUGAUCUCCCCAACCCAGAAUGCACUGCAAGGAGAGGAAGCGGUGUUGUGUUGUAAAAUGCUAAUAAAGUGUGUUGUUGUAUAACUUCCCCGGCUCUACGCUGACCUUACAUAAUUCAUUAGUGGAAAUAAUUGCAGAUGGUGUUAUUAACGAGCAGAGCACAGGUGUCUGAGUCCUCUGCUGAGACUGCUGACACGUGAGUAAACUUUCAGCCGCUCUGACGUUGAUUAGGAGACUGAUGUGUGCAGAAACAGACUGAUGGCCCUGUGUGGGGAGAGAGACAGCACAAGGUUUCACUGCAUCAAUGCUGUACUGGUCGCCAUGGAGACGGAACCCUCGAAGCAGGCCAUGUUAAAGCCGCACUGCAACACAUAUCUGAAGUCAACACAUAAAGCAAAUUAAAUUCUCUUAAUAUUUUAUUUAAUGUACAUUAGACAGCCAAACAUCUGUUUACAUGGUAUAAAUACAUGUUUGUAAAGCUCUGACGGAAACAUACAUACAGGUCAGUCCAGUACAAGAGGUGUUAAUAUGGAGACAUUAACUGAGGGACAAACAUGCACCAAACCAUUCACCAAGGAUGUGGAGAGUAACUGUGUAGUCAUUACUACAGACUUUUCUUUACAUGCUUUUCCAGACCUUCACCAACAUUGCAUUUUUACCAUUCACUAUUUUUUUCCUGACAGAAACAGUUAACCCUCAAAUAAAAUAUAUAUAUCUAUUUCCCCUUAAACCUGUAGUAACAUUUAUCAAUCUAGAUUGACAAAUAUCUCUACAGGUAAGAGGGCAAAAACAUUUUUGAUGUUAGGAUGAACUGUCCCUUUAAACUCUUUGGAUGGUUUACAUUAGACUUGAUGUGGAGCGGGAGUGCUCGCUGCACCAAGUACUGUAGUGUUUGUAGGGUUGGGGUUUUUUUUUUACAUUUGAAAUACAAGAAAACUCAAAUUCCAGAUUCCCAUAGAAAGCCUGUAAGCAUAUAAAGAAACAAAAAAAGACAACAACAGCAGGCUGCUUUUGUUUAGUGCAAAUGGUCGGGGCCAUUUCCCUUCAAUCAUACACUCAAAAAUGUAGUCUGACAGGUGAGAAACAGAAAAAUGGCGACAGCUGAUAUGACCUAAAAGGUCAUGUGAUCAGUGUCAACAGCAGUUUGUUUUUGCAGCGAUGUGUUUCAGACACCUUCACACCAAAGCCAGGGCAUCCUCACAGCUACUGGACACAAAGCUUUCAGUGAGGAUACAGGGACUUGAGGGAUGCCAUUAAUCAUAAGCCCCUUCAGUUAAACUGUUAUUAUUAAUGGGACCUUAUGUAUACAACACUGAUAUGAGAAAACAGAAAUGAUAAGUGUAAAAUGUGUACGAUUCUUGAAUAGAUGAGGACGCAAAGGUUUACCGCAUACAGUCAUAGCAGAGUACCACUGUUGUUGGUACUACAGGACCAGGAGGGUCAGGUCACAGCACCACAGUAACUGUACUCUGACACAAAGACUCACAAUGAUUCACCGCACUCUUACAUGUAAUAUGCUUCAUUUAAUAUUUACAAACAUAACACACACAAUGAGAAAUUAGCCCUUUGAAAGCAACAUCUGACUCACUGUUGCAGCUGGUUUCUUCUUUCUGGAUCCAUCCUGACUUCAUACGUCACACCAGAAUCUAAUGAGUAUAUCAUACACUAACUCAACUUGUGUAUUCAUCCCUAUGUAAGUGCGUCAUUUGUAGUGGAAAAGCCUGAGAUGUUAGCAAAAUAAUAAAAAAAAUAAACUAGUAGGAUUGAAACAAGUCUGAAGGUUUGGUGGGGCGUUUCAUAUUCUUGUUUUGUCAACACAAUGUCUGAUCUUCGGCAACAUCCAAACUUAAAGAGGAAGCCAUUUUCUCCCCUUACAAAGGUCAAAGAUCUUCUAUUCCAAGUAAGCCAAUAGUUAAAGGACCAAUUUGUACAUUUCCAUUUAUAUAAAUUCAGGUAUAGACAGAGAGUUGGAGAUACACUGUUGAUAAGCCUUUUGUGACUCAACUGACAGUUUACUUAUCUGUCUACUCAAACACUGGGAGUUAUUACAGUGGACUCCUUCUGUUUAGUUUCCCUCACAUUUUUGCAUGUGCAGCCUUCGUCAAGCACACUCAAUAACUCCAAACAUUUCUAAAUGCUGGAAGUAACAAGUAAAACAAUCUGCAUCUAAAUCUGAAUAUGACAGGAUUAUGAAGGAGCAUCAGAAGCACCUGUACUGCGCAACAGGGCGGUUUCGCUCAAGCGUUCAGCUGGUCAGGCUAGCUUUCACUUUCCCAGCAGGGGAACACAGUUUGGUGCCUUUUGACAACAAGAAACACACAGUCCUCACACACUGAUCAAACACUCAAGUGUCUAUUUGCCCAGUAUGAUGUGACUGGCCGGAUGAAUUCAACUUUAAACUGUCACUCUGAUCUCAACAUUGUUAUUCACAACAACAGUGCUGGAGGGAAGCACGACCAGCUCCAUGCUGAUCUGUAGCCCUCCCUGACUUUUAACCUCUGAUGGGGGCAAGAGGUUAAAGGAUCAAAUGACUGAAAAGGUGAAUACGAAUGCACAUGUCGGAAAACAUCAAGCUGUGGCUGACAGAUGGCAUCUGCAUGGACAGAAUAGUUGUGAACAGUAUUUGAAGUGACGCAAAAUCAGGGGGACGUCUGCAAGAAUGAAACAACCAACCAAAGCACAGAUGUUUUAUACGGCUGAUAUGACUUAAAGCUGAUUGGCUAGAUAAAAUGUGCAGUACUGAAAAUAGAGAUUUUAUACACACUAGCUAUACAAAAAUACACUGCAUUAUUUCACAAAGCAAUG